AAUCUCUAGAACCAAAAUUAUUAUAUAAUGCCUUCACUCUCAUGUGGUUUCAACACAAAAAUCACAAGCUAAGAAAUAUCACUAUAUCCUUCUCCUAGUUCUUAUCUGAAAAAUGGCUCAAAGAGCUUACUCUUUCUUUGCACUUCUUCUCAUUUUCAAUAUCCUUCUUGUGACUAAUUGGCAAGCAGUUGCGGGCCGCAACAUUGCUAAGAACUCCGACAAAGAUGACAAGAAAGAGCCUCAGUUUCUGUUCAAGCAUGAUCAUGGUAAACUGCAUUUUCCAAGCAUUGGACAUUUUGGAUUUCCACCACACUCUGGGCUUACACCUAAUAACCCUUUUAUUGGUGGCACUGGAGGAUCGGGAUCGGGAUCAGGCUCAGGAUCAGAAUCUGGAUCAGGAUCGGGAUCAACAGGUCACAGUUAUGUUCCUGGUGGUGAUGACACUUCAACUCCAAACCCGGGCGUCGAGGUUCCGAUACCUGGGAGUGGUGGUGUUGGCGGUGGAAGAGUUACACCAACAGCUCAUCCAUGAAUUUACUCAUGCAUGAUUGCAAUAGCUAGACCUUGUUUGUGGGGUUUGUGAGCUUGUGAUUCUUAUUAAGAUCGUUUUUACUGUUUUCUUGCCAUGAAAAUAAGUGUGCUAGUACUAGAUGUACACAUUAGUAGCUUGCUACUUGGUAUGUAAGUGUCUUGUUUAAUGUUUUCCAUCUGAUUUAAUUUAAUAUUAUAGGAGUUUAAUAUUUUAA